AUGCUGUUCUACCAAAGAAUUGAAGGCACCUGUCUUGAAACGCCGGUGAAGGAAAAGGGCAGUACUGAUUUCAUGAAUGACGUUGACGUCGCCACCCCUGAUUCUGUUUCUGAUGCUGGAAUGGAGGAUCUCAACCUGGAUUCCAUAAGCUCCAGUGGUAGCGAGACUGCACUUGCAGGUAUAGACGAGAUUUUGGAUACAAACGAACAGAUGCUCAGGAGAUCGUUGUUCUUUGAUGAUGAAUUUAACAGUUUUGUCUUGAAUUUUAUCCUAGCUCUCGACAAAAUGGGCAAGAUAUUCCCUAAGAUUCUGGAAAUGGCGAUCAACGUAUUUUAUAAGUCUGUGCUGCAUUCAGAAGUGCAUAAUCGCAUGUCUCUUUCGCGGUGCCAACCUGGACAGCAAGAUUGGAGCACCACGCUGAAACGGCUGCUUCAGAAGCAUGUGGAAGCCUGCAUCUUCUUAUUAAGAGCUUCCAUUGAAAAAGAUGAAGGUCCAGACAAAUUGCCAUGUUGGCUUGAAAGUGCAUGUAUCUCGUGCCCAAUAGAAGACGUGAGACUGAGCUACUGUCAAUUGUUAGCUACGGCCGUAUCCGUUUUGACUACAGACAAGAAAAACUUUGGCAUAAUUGAAGAGCUACUGGCUUCGAUCAAGGACAUACUGCCAAUGAUUGCACAUAAUUGGCAGGUGCUGCCACAGUUCGGAACAGUAUUGCUCACCCUGACGUCGGAAAAU